AUGGCGGAGGAGCAUUCCAGAAACCAGCUGCUUCACCGACGAGAAACUCUUCUGGCUGCUCUGGGUCGGGCAGAGGAUUUUGAUGCAGCAUACGAUGCACAUCGUGAUCAGGGUCAGGUAUCAUUGAGGCUGGAAUACCUGAACGGAGUAUGGAGCAACCUCGAGUCGGUACAGGCACAGCUUGAGGACAUCGAGAUUACCGAUGAAGGUAGGACAGAGCAUGCAGCUGUUCGAGCUGAAUUUGAACCACGUCUUUUUACAAUAAAGGCAAGUCUUAUGUCAAAACUUUCUCCUAUUCCUAAUGAUCGUAGCCCUGUACCCCCUCACGUUUCUUCCACUCUCUCUGGUAUCAAGUUGCCAACGAUUUCUUUGCCCGAAUUCGAUGGAGAUUAUAUGCAAUGGCUUGCAUUCCACGAUACAUUCUUGGCGCUUAUCCAUUCUAAUCCGGAUGUCCCGGAUAUUCAGAAAUUUCAUUAUCUGCGGGCGGCUAUCAAGGGCGAAGCUGCUCAAUUGAUUGAAUCCAUUGGAAUUAGUUCUGCCAACUACCUGCUAGCUUGGCAAACAUUGGAAAAUCGAUACUCGAAUGAUUACCUUUUACGGAAACGUCAUCUUCAGGCACUCUUCGACAUCCCACGCAUGAAGAAGGAGUCCGCUGCCUCGUUACACGGGCUGGUUGAUGAGUUCGAGCGGCAUACAAAGAUUUUGCAUCAACUGGGAGAGCCUACCGAUACUUGGAGCAGCAUUCUGGAGCAUCUACUGUGUAUGCGCUUACACGACGACACGUUGAAGGCGUGGGAGGAUCAUGCGUCGACCGUAGCGAACCCGGACUACGCCUGCAUCAUUGAUUUCCUGCAACGAAUAACUCGCGUGCUGGAAUCAAUCUCCGUCAACCACCACUCAACAGAAUCAGCUUCAAGUUCUGGCAGUUCAUCUCAUACACUAAAAAGGAACCAUUUCCAUUCACAGUUUCGCCUUACUUCGUGUGCCUCUACUGCUGGUUCUGGGGAAAAGUGCAUUGCUUGUAGCCAAUCGCAUUCCUUAGUGAAAUGCCAGAAAUUUAUUCGUUUAUCAACAAAUGAACGUCAACAGUUUGUCAUUUCGAAACGCUUAUGCCACAACUGCUUGAAAAUUGGUCAUUUUGUUCGCAAUUGUCCCUCCAAAUUCAGCUGUCGUAAGUGCAACAGUCGUCAUCACACGCUUCUGCAUUUCGGUCAGCCAGACAGUUCUCCAAGAAGCAAUAGGGAAGGAAUUUCGUCUAGCGCAAGUGCUACCGCCUCUGGUACGCCAUCUAGUGGGCCUUCUACGAGUGAAUUGUCUACACAGUUAACUGUUGCCGCUACUGAAGAUACACCAGUGAUCGAAGUCAGUUCUACUCUUCAGUAUCCCCGAGAAGAUGUCUUUCUGCUUACCGUCGUCGUUAAGGUCGUUGACGCUUUCGGUGUUGAACAUCUAGCUCGUGCGCUUUUGGAUAGUGCGUCUCAGCCGAAUCUCAUCACGAAUCGUAUGACACAAAUUCUGCGUUUACGGAGACAGCAUGUGAACAUCACCGUUCAGGGAGCUGGUAAGCUGUCCAAACCAGUACGUGAAUCGGUUUUCGCUCAAGUAUUUUCAAGAAAGGGAGACUUCUCGUGUGGUGUGAAUUUCCUAGUGAUGGAAAAUGUUACGGCCAAUCUCCCUUCGCAAAAUAUCUCGACCGAGGGAUGGAAGAUACCGAAGGAACUGUUUCUAGCAGACCCCGCUUUCAACAAAAGUCAACCAAUCGAUAUGGUUCUGGGUGCUCGACACUUCUAUUCAUUCUUUCCCAGCGCUGCACGCAUUCAGCUUGACAGUAACCUUCCGCUUUUGGUUGACAGUGUCUUUGGCUGGAUCAUUGCGGGUUCUGCUAACUCGUAUUCCAACGAUCGGAUUACUACUUCAUCCACUUCGUGCGAUGCAGCCGUUGUUUCAAUGAUUUCACUGGAAGAUUGUCUGGAAAAGUUUUGGAAGACCGAAGAACUGGCAAACAACGAUAGUUAUUCAGUAGAAGAACGGCAUUGCGAGUCAUUGUAUCAGUCUACCGUAUCUAGGAACCCCGAAGGCCGGUAUGUAGUUCGCUACCCCCGGAAACCCGAUUUCGAUGGAAUGUUAGGCGAAUCCCGAAGCAACGCUCAACGACGUUUCGAGUACCUGGAAAAGCGUUUGGAACGAAAUCCGCAUCUAAGAGACGAUUAUCAUCAGUUUAUGCGAGAGUAUCUCGCCCUCGGCCACAUGCGACUGGUCGUAAAGGACGACGAACGAAACUCUCAAGUCUACUAUUUACCUCACCAUCCCGUAAUUAAGGAAGAAAGUUCUACGACUAAGCUCAGAGUCGUGUUUGACGGAUCUGCGAAGACUUCUACCGGCUUCUCUCUCAACGAAGCUCUUUGCGUCGGCCCUGUGGUGCAGGAAGAUUUGCUGAACAUCAUCUUGCGGUUUCGAACUUUUCCUAUCGCUCUCGUCGGAGAUAUUGCUAAAAUGUACAGACAGGUACUGGUACAUUCGGACGACACUCCGCUGCAGCGUAUUUUGUGGCGAUUCUCAAAACAGUGUCCAGUACAGACUUACGAACUCCUGACUGUUACCUACGGCUUAGGACCAUCCUCGUUCCUAGCAACCCGGACUCUUCACCAGUUGGCAGAUGAUGAAGGUGACCAACAUUCUGUUGGAAGUCAGGCAUUAAGCAAAGGUUUCUACGUUGACGAUUUCAUCGGUGGAGCUGAAACUGUUGAAGAAGCUAUUCUUCUACGAUCAGAAUUGAAUGAUUUAUUGCAAAAGGGAGGAUUCGAAAUUCGGAAAUGGACAUCUAACCGGCUAGAAGUCCUGAAAGGUCUCAACGAUGACCAGAUUGGCACGCAAUCCACAUUGCACUUUAGUCCCCACGAAACCAUCAAAGCGCUUGGAAUAAGUUGGGAGCCUGAAGCAGAUUGCCUUCGCUUUGAUUCGCAGAUUCGAACAAAUCCUGUUCCACCAACUAAAAGGUCUAUUCUUUCAGACAUCGCCAAGUUGUUUGAUCCUCACGGACUCAUCGCACCCGUCAUUGUAAGGGCAAAGAUCUUAAUGCAAGAGCUAUGGUUGCUGUCCUGUGGUUGGGAUGAUCCAGUUCCUGAACCAAUAAAAUCAAAAUGGGAAAAUUACCACCGAGAAUUGACAAAAAUAAGCAAACAUCGGAUCGACAGAUUUGCACUACUUCCCGGUUCCGAUAUUCAAUUGCAUACGUUCGCAGAUGCUUCCCAAGCAGCAUACGGAGCAUGCACGUACGCUCGCUGUGUGAACAGCCAAGGAAUAGUUCGAAUUCAGCUUCUGGCAUCGAAAUCCCGAGUAGCCCCGUUGAAACGAAUUACCAUCGCCCGUUUGGAACUGUGCGCAGCCGUACUUGCGGCUCAUUUACACGCCCGGAUUAAAAAUGCUAUUGACGUUAAUGUUCGUACUUCUUAUUUCUGGUCAGAUUCGGCAGUAACUCUGCAGUGGCUGCAAUCACUCCCGAACGUUUGGCCCACUUUCGUUGCCAAUCGGGUCUCGGAAAUACAACAGUUCACGCACGGUUGCCAGUGGAAACAUGUUUCCGGAAUUGAAAAUCCUGCCGAUUUGGUUUCCCGUGGUAUGUCGGUCGACGAUUUCCUCAAAAGUGCUUUAUGGAAAUGCGGUCCAAGUUGGUUGCCUUCGCCACCGCAAGAUUGGCCAAUUUCGAUUCCACUUGGCGUGACCGCGGACGACCUGGAGUUAAAAAUUACUGUAGCCGUAACUCAAACAACUUCAACUAUUCACCCAUGGUUUUUACGCUGGUCUUCCUACAGUCGGCUUCUUCACGUCAUCGGAUACUGCUUGCGAUUCAUCGCCAACACUCGCUCGAAGUCACGAACUCAGCCUUCACAAUCAUUUUCGUCCUUAGGCCAGUCAUUAACUGUUGCAGAACUUGCCAAAUCCAAAACAGUCUUCACUCGACUCGCUCAGCAUGAUGGAUAUGCUGCUGAAAUCAAACAGCUGGAAAAGGGAAACUCUGUAUCGAAACAAUCUAACAUUCGCCAAAUGAACCCAUUCAUUGACCAAGAGAGAGUGUUGAGGGUGGGAGGUCGCUUAAAUCUAGCCCAAUUGCCUUACCAAGCAAAACAUCCAUCCCUAAUUCCUAACAAUCAUCCUUUCACUCGCCUAAUUGCUGAACAUUUUCAUCGUAAAUUACUUCACGGCGGCGGGCGGCUGCUGAUCAGUGCAAUUCGCGAAGAAUUCUGGCCCCCAAACGGCCGUAGACUGGUUCACAACAUCGUAAGAAAUUGCUUUCGUUGCAAUCGCGUCAAUCCGAUACCUGCCCAACAGCAAAUUGGUCAAUUACCUGUACAGCGCGUCAUUCCAAGCCGACCAUUCAGCAUCACAGGCGUCGAUUAUGCCGGCCCGCUGUAUCUGCGUCCGAUACACAAACGUGCUUCACCUGCAAAAACUUACUUGUGCCUUUUCGUAUGUUUUUCCACCAAAGCAGUACACCUUGAGUUAGUCAGCGAUCUUUCUACUCAAGCCUUUUUAUGCUCUCUUCGACGCUUCAUCGCGCGUCGUGGUUGUCCUGCUCACAUACACUCAGACAACGGUAAAAAUUUUGAGGGAGCGAAAAACGAACUGAUCGAAUUAUUCGCCAGAUUUAAAAACCGAUCAGAACAAGCCGAAAUAAUCUCUGCCUGUGCUGAGCAAGGUAUCACCUGGCAUCUAACACCACCCAAAGCCCCUCACUUUGGUGGUUUGUGGGAGGCAGCAAUCAAGGUAGCAAAAAGGCAUCUCUAUCGUCAGCUCGGAUCGUCCCGCCUCACGUUCGAAGAUAUGUGCACAGUGCUCGCACAAAUUGAAGCAAUCAUGAACAGCCGGCCUCUGCUUCCACUCACCGAAGACCCCAACGAUUUGGCUGCAUUAACUCCAGCGCAUUUUCUCAUCGGUUCGUCAUUGCAUGCUCUGCCCGACCCAGAUCUACAAAGUAUACCAGCAAACAGACUUGAUCACUACCAGCAGCUGCAAGUGCAUGUGCAGCGCUUUUGGACACACUGGAAAAAGGAGUACUUACAGGAGCUACUAAAAGACACCCGUGGCUGGCAGCGCAAUGACAACAUAAUUCCAGGUAAAUUAGUCAUCGUAGUAGACGAACUUCAACCUCCGAUUCGAUGGCCUCUUGCUCGCAUCGAAUCAAUUUUGCCCGGUAGAGAUCAGUUAACUCGCGUAGUACAACUUCGCACUGCUCGCGGAAUCAUCACUCGUCCCAUCGCAAAAAUCUGCCUGUUACCAAAUUCUACGACAGUCCCAGCAAGCGAAAAAUCACCAGUAAACAACAACGAUGCAUCAACUAUCCAAAGGAGUUCGGAUACAACUUUAGUUUAA